AUGGGUGGGUUGCGGGAAAAGGCUUUGCGCAGGUUGCAUCGUUUCCGACAUAAAGAGCCUGCUGUCGACAAUCAAUCUACCGCACCGGACGGCAGUCGAAGUGAAACCGUUGAACCUGCAAAGGAAUCCCCAAGGAGAAGAAGUGCAUCCCUGGUAUCGAGUAAGGGGUCGAUCUGCAACUGGGAUCCGCACCAAGAAGAUGAGCUUCGGAGCCUUACAGGAACGAGAAGGCCACUGUCAACCAUCGACGCCCGAGGUGAGGCCAGCAGUGUCAAGAGUGAAGAAAAAGUCUCCGAUUCCAGCACGCCUGAAUCCUCGAAAGAGCUAUAUGACGACGGUAAAAAACAUCGAAAUCUCUGGAAGGAAGCCUAUGAGAGACUCCCUCCGACUAGACGAGAUCGACUUCGAAAAUUGGGCUACGAGCCGGGUUCGAAGACUUCGGAAGAAGGGGUUCUCUAUAUUCUGCUUAAUGAUCUCCAGAAGAAGCGGGUACUCUGCGAGAAGAAAGCCUGGAAAUACAAGAAUAAGUUUCUCGUGCGAGACUACGCUGCGAAAUGCGCGACGUGGGUGAAGUUGAUUGGAGAUCUCGUCGUUCCGUUCGCACCUUCGCAAGCUGCAGGGCCAUGGGGAUUGAUUAAAGUGGCUUUGGAGAUCCCUGUAAAGUUUGCCGACGAAAUGACUGCCUUGCUCGGGACGGUAGAGCGGGUUCUGCAGGCCACGUAUCGUGGCAGAGAAUAUGAGUCCGCCUAUGCGACCAGAAACAGUGCCAUUGCCGACACUUUGAGCCAAGACCUGGUCAGUGUCUACCAAGUUGUUUUGGAAUUGUUGAGCUACAGCAUUGACAUGUUGUCAAAAUCGACUUGGGCUAGAGUCUUGGACACAAUGUUUGACGAAAGCUCGGGGCUGUUCUCGGAUUUGACAGCAAAGGAAGAAGAGCUCGCUAAGACUGCUCAGGCGUGCAGUGCAGCGACAGAUAAGAAAAUUUUAAAACAUUUGCAGGAUAUUGGAGGGCACCUCCCCCGCAUAGAGGCCCAGGUGGCAGACCAGUUAAAAAAGCUUGACUGGGAAGAGGCUAUGAGAAUAUUAGACUGGAUUUCAUCAGUUAAAUAUGGAUCUCAUCAUGAUACUGUGAGCGGUAAUCGAACCCCAGGGACUGGGGAGUGGCUGUUACAACACCACACAUUCCGAGACUGGGAAGAAAGCAGCUCCUCGGCAGUAUUAUGGUUGCGAGGAUCUCCGGGCGUGGGGAAAACCUACCUUACUUCCAAGGUUAUCGAUCAUGUCCAACAUACUCUGACAAGAUGUCCAAACGACGAAGGCUUUGCGUACUUCUAUUGCAACCGAACCGAGGACAUCCGAACACGACCCCUUGCUGUAGCGCAGAGCUAUGUGCGUCAGCUAUCCUCAUCCCUAAGCAAGAGGAGCUCGUCGUACAUACAAUCUAGGUUUAAAUCCACCUACGAGGAGUUGAGUAUGCGUGGUUCCGAUCUUGACUUCGAACGCUGUAGGAUAUUACUGACAGAUUCACUGAACCUCUACCCUCGGACCACAUUGGUGCUGGACGCUUUUGACGAAUGCGACCGUGCUUCACGUGGUAACCUUAUUCAGCUAUUUGAGGACUUGCUGUCUAGCAGUAGAAGGCCAGUGAAGCUAUUUAUUGCAAGCCGCCCUGAUGGGGAUGUUCAGCAGCAAGUUCGCUCACAUCCAAACAUUGAGGUUCUGGCGACGGAUAACCACCAGGAUAUCCAGACCUACAUUAGUCAAGAGAUGGUAAAGAUGAACAGAAUGAACAGUGCCUUUGGCAAACUCCAGGAGGAAAUCGAGUCAACGCUCUUAGAGAAAUGCCAAGGAAUGUUUCAAUGGACCUACCUACAAUUGAAACAGCUCGGGGCGUGUACCACUCCUGAGGCUAUACGGGAGUGUCUAGGAGCACUCCCUGAAAGUCUCGACGAGACGUAUGAUGGUCUCUAUGAGGAAAUAGAGAACAACCCUCCCCACGACCGAGAUCUCGCGCUACGCGCUUUAAAGUGGGUUCUGGCCGCACGAGAACCACUUUCACGAGAAGAUCUCCUUGAGGCCGUCCGCAUCAAUCCUGAUCUUAUGACGACGGAGUUGUGUACCCCAAUCAGUGAGGACAACCUUUUAUCAUUGUGUCGCUAUUUCCUGGUCAUUGAUUCGGAGCGGGACGUAUGGAGAGUGUCGCAUUUGUCGGUCGCAGAGUAUUUUGAGCUUCGUCGGGGCUGGAAUGCUGUAGUCACCAACCUUAUGGUGGGAAAAGCGUGUUUGCUGUUUAUGUUGAGCGACACUUGUUGGAAUGAGAUCAUGUGCCAGUGGGCUGCCAGACCUUGGCUCUAUGAGCCUGGAAAAUCGGACUUCCUACGGCCAUUACUCUACUAUGUCACCUGCUACUGGCCAGAACAUAUUGCAAUCUUGGAACAUGCCGGCGCGUCGAAAGACGACUUGUCCUCUGUUACCGAGCUCCUGGAGAGAUUUCUUGGUGAUCCGCAGGAUAGCAGCGCGCAAUAUCAGACAUGGGCUCGGUGGCGAACCUUUGAACCUGCUAAAUACUCCAUUCUGGCCGUGUGUGAAUACGGGUUCCACCAGGUGCUGGACCGAUGGUGGAAUAUGGCCCAGCUGAAUCAUACAUUCACUAAUAUCAGGGGUGAGACCUACAUGAUGAUAGCUGCAAGAAAGGGUCAUGUGCCGAUCCUGCGGAUUCUUCUAAAAAAAGGGGGCGCCGUGGGCGAACAAGGCGACAAAGGGCGCUCUUCGACACCGCUGAUUGCAGCAGUUAACGGCAGAAAUUUUGAGGCAGCAAAUUUUCUGUUGAAGGAAGGUAAUGCGGAUGUCAAUUUGGAGGUAGACGACAUGUUUCCGCACAUGUCAUGCGCACUUGAGGUCGCUGUAAACAAUCGACACCUCGAUAUGGUGCAGUUUUUGGCCUCUGAGGGCUGUACACAUACAAACACACACCUGAGGUACAGUACUUGCGGUAGCCUCUUGGUGGUAGCAACGCUUAAGGGCUGGUUUCAGGGCAUAAAAACCUUGGUGGAACAGGGCGGAGCGGAUGUUAAUCUCGUUCUACAGUAUGGGAAGUACGGUAGCGCCUUGGAAUGCGCUCUGACCCAUCUUUACGACUGUCAAGCAAUAGUGGAAUAUCUGGUGCACACCCAGAAGGCCGACGUAAACCUGGCCGUCCAGACCGGUGAAUACGGGAGUGCAUUGGCGGCGGCUGUUGAGAGAGGGGAAUUACAAUAUGUUCUUUUUUUGAUUGAUAUCGGUAAAGCCGACGUCAACAUGCCACUACCGAAUUUCCCUUACGGCAGUGCGUUGGCUAGAGCAGCAUUUUUGGCUGGGGAAGCAUUCAGAAAGCCUCUCUAUCAUGGCCGUAUCUCUGGCUUGACAGAGAUUGUCCGAAUUCUGCUCGAAGAAGGAGCCUUGGUUGUCCUCGAUAUUGGAAAGGGAGAAAUUGUGGAUGCUAUUGAGGCUUGCAAUGGGCGCCCUAGACUCAGUCCGAAGUGGAUGUUGACAAAUGAUGAGGAUCCAAACGAGAAUAACGGGGGUAAAGAUGAUACUACAAGUGAUGCAGAUAAUGCGAAUGAUGAGAUUGAUGCAAACACUGCAGAUGAUGAAGAGGGCACACUCGAUGCACCUGGUGUACUUGAUGGCGAUGAUGCGGACAAUGAGCGUGUCAGGAAAGCCAAGUUGCUCGUCAAGGCCAUGCUUGCUGAUCUACACAAGGAAAUGUGGCAGCAGUAUAAAAGUGGUGCUCUUGGUAUAGAAGAAGCGAAAUAUGUGGAUGCUAAGUACGGUCAAACAAAACCUUAGAGAACCCUUAGCAAGCGACUAACUUCUGAAUUAUCACUAAUGCAUUGUAUAAGGUCG